AUGUGGAGGCCCAUCAUUAUAGGUAGACCUUUCUUGGCUACCAGAAGGGCUUUCAUUAAUGUGGAGAGUGGUGAACUGAACUUUCGAGUAAAUGGUCAGAAAGUCACUUUUAACGUUUGCAGGUUGAUGAAACAACCCAAUGAUCUCCAUAUCAUCUCCGUGAUUGAUGUUGUGGAUGAAGUUUUGGUGAGUGUGCAAGAAGUAUCUAAUGUCAGGGAGUCAUUAGCAGCGGUGUUGCUGAAUUAUUAUAGGGACAAAAUUUUUGACUAUAAUAAGGUGGUGGUUGCCGUUACGGGCAUUGGUUCCUACCCGAAGAACUUCAUUCCUGUUGAAAUCAUGUGUGAUGCAAGUGGUAUAGCAUUGGGAGCUAUUCUUGCCCAGAGAAAGGCAAAUUUAUUCCACCCUAUCUACUAUGCUAGUAAGAAGGUGAAUAUAGCCCAAAAGAACUACACUAUUACUGAGCAAGAGAUGUUAACAGUUGUUUAUGCAUUUGAAAAGUUUUGUGCUUAUCUCUUGGGUACAAAAGAAUUCAACUUUGAGGUGAAGGAACGUAAAGGGUGUGGAAAUCAAAUAGCUGACCAUUUGUCAAGAGUUGAAUCAUAA